CAUAAAAGCAGAAAAACAGAAAAAGCAAACCCAUAGGGACCGCUGACCUGAGCCACCCAACUGCGAUUCCCUUUUACCAUAAUUUACCAAAAAAACAAAGAUUAUUGAUUUCAAUAAAAAUCUUCACACCUGUGAAGAUUUUUAUUCUCUUCCAUUAAUAAUCAUUUUGGUCCAUCGCUCGUCAUGCAAGUUCUCUAAUCUUCUGUUUGUUUCCUGAGAAGUAAUUCUUAUUUAGGAACGAGAAAGGGAAAAGCAAAAAAAAGGUGAGUUUGAUUUUGUGAGAGUCAGCGGUACUCGCCGCGUUUGGUUACGAGCAGUGAGGAUGUCGACUCCAGCAAGGAAGAGACUGAUGAGGGAUUUUAAGAGGUUGCAACAAGAUCCUCCUGCAGGGAUUAGUGGUGCUCCUCAAGACAACAAUAUUAUGCUGUGGAAUGCUGUUAUAUUUGGUCCUGAUGACACCCCAUGGGAUGGAGGUACGUUUAAGUUGACACUUCAAUUUACAGAAGAUUAUCCAAAUAAGCCCCCAACAGUGCGUUUUGUUUCUAGAAUGUUCCAUCCAAAUAUUUAUGCAGAUGGAAGCAUUUGUUUGGACAUUCUACAGAAUCAAUGGAGUCCCAUUUAUGAUGUGGCAGCCAUACUCACUUCCAUCCAGUCAUUACUCUGUGACCCAAAUCCAAACUCUCCUGCAAACUCAGAAGCUGCUCGGAUGUUUAGCGAGAACAAGCGUGAAUACAAUAGGAGAGUACGUGAAAUCGUUGAGCAGAGUUGGACUGCUGAUUAGUUUCUCCUAGUAUGGCAGCAGAGCUUAAAAAGUUGUUCUUGUGCUAUUUAAAUAACAUUGAACAUGAAAAUUGCGGCUAACCAUGCCUGUUGUUAUAUGUUUGCUUGGCUUUAUGAGGGAUGUUUGGCCUCUUUAUUGCAACACUUGAUGUACCAGCUUAUGUUGCAUUGUGUUUGGAGUUUACAUUUUGAAAAGGAAAAUGAAAAAGGGGAAAUAUCACCGUUUCUCA